AACGUUAACCAAACAUAUCAGUUGAAGGGUGACACUCAAGGUGAACAGACGUAUAUGUAUACUCGCAAUUACAAAUUUACCUGUGGAGUUAUCAUUGCUGACGAAGUAUCUACAUCGACUUGUGUAUACAUUUCUACUCUAACCAGUCAAGCAGAAUUUUACCUGUGAAGUUUUUAUUCUACCGAAUAUCAACAUCGAGUUGUGUAUACAUUUUUUCCUACACCAACAAAGUAGACUUUUACCUAAAUGCUGUUUUAAACAACAAAACCACGAUGGAUAUAAGAAAUGAGAUGUACAAUCAACACACAGUAACAGAGUUAGAUAAGUGGAUGAUAGAAAACAACUUAUCAAGCAGCACUGAUACGGAGCUCAGUCUACGUCGCAUCGCCCUACUUACUGAUCAGUCAACCGUACAACAACCAGCAAAGACAAACAAAUGUGUUGAAUGUAACAAGGUAUUUAAACAAAAAUCUCACCUACUUAGACACGAAAGAACAUUUCACGGCGAUUCGAUAAAAUAUACUUGUGCUCAGUGUAGUGUUGUCUUUAACCGUAAGGAUAACUUCAAACGUCAUCUAAAAAUGCAUAAGGAAAAUACACCGCCAAACAGAAAAAGAAAAGCAGACGAAACGUGCAACAAUAUACAGUCAAAAUUUCCGAAGAGUCGAGAUAUAGGCGAAAACAGAGACCAAGAAAAGGCUGAUAGUAAAACUGCUGAAAAUGAGGGGAAAUGUAUUUGGUGUUCUCGAGUGAGAAGCCUUCUACCAGGAAAGAAGUUUUGCAAGACUUGUGGAGAUCAGGGGAGAGAAUGUAACUGGUGUCAUCGGCCACUCCCAGAAAGGUUUUAUGGGAAAAGAACAGAUGUAUGUGAUGGAUGUUUGACGCGUCGCGAUACCUGGAAUACCCGUCAACAACGUGGAGGAGGAAUCGAAGCUCUUGAAGGAACAGCGCGGUUGGAGACAUUAGACCCAAACCCGGGAAAUCUGUGGGACAUUUUACAGUUUUUUAAUGACAAUCAAACACAGAUUAAAGACAUUUUAGAAGAAAGACUCAAGGAUAUCAAAGGUAUGAAAUGGUUUCUCACAUUAUUUGUGAAAUUUGUGAAAUAUGACCAAAACAAUGAACCAAUAUAUGCUGAACCCACAUUUAGAUCCAUUAAUUUGACAUGCACGAACGUAUCAAAGCUAACAGAACAGCUUGCCGAAGCUUUUCAAAACUUACAUAAUGCAUAUCAAAAUUUUGAGCGCGAUGGAAGUGGGUGGACGAUAGAUAAAAUAUUGAAACUCGAAGUAAACACAGUAGAAUACACACCGUUAGAGGGUAGUAGCUACAUUCCAUUACCACAAAAUAUUCAAAAGAAAAAGGCUGUUCUUAAUAUAAAAACAUAGACCAAAAGUGUUUCCUCUGGUCAGUCCUUGCUGACAUACACUCUGUCGCAAGAGACGCUAACCCAGGACAAGUUUCGAACUAUAUACAGUAUGCACACGAGCUUGACAUGAAUGGCAUUGAAUUCCCGGUUCCAUUGUCGCAAGUACCAAAGUUCGAACAACAAAACAACAUAUCGGUAAAUAUUUUGGGGUUAGAGGGUGAUGAAGUGUAUCCAUUACACGUUACCGACUUACGUCAGACUUCUAGACAUGUAAACCUUCUCUUAUUUUCAAAAGGUGAAAGCAGACACUAUUGCCUCGUAAGAAGUUUGAGCCGUUUGUUAGGCGAUCGCACCGCGCACAAUGGCCAAACACAUUAUUGUAACUUUUGCCUCCAUGGUUACACAACACAACAAUUGUUAGAUGACCAUGUUCCGUAUUGCUCCCCUCACGGUCCUCAAAAAUUAAGCUUCCCCAAACAAGAAGAACAACAGUGGGUCAAAUUUAAUCAAAUUCAUAAACAACUCAAAGUCCCAUUUGUGAUUUAUGCUGACUUUGAAAGCUUUGUACGCCCCAUUAGCACAUGUGAACCGAACCCAGACAAAUCAUCAACAACUCGGUAUCAAAAACACGAGCCUUGUGGCUUUUCAUACAUGGUAAAAUGUUCAUCCGACAAACUAUCAAAAUCUGCACAGGUCUAUAGAGGUCCUGACGUAGUUGACAAUUUUUUCAAAAAAAUGAUUCAAGAAGAGGAAAGCAUUUGCCAAAUUUUAGAAAAUGUUAAUCCCAUGACUUUGACUCAAAACGAAAAAAUCUCUUUCCAAAAUGCAACACAAUGUCAUAUUUGUCAGAAAGAUCUUGGAAACGACAGAGUUUUCGACCAUGAUUAUUUAGAUGGACGUUACAGAGGUCCAAGUCACAGUAAUUGUAACUUUCAAUAUCAAUUUAGACAAGGGAAAAGGUCACAGAGUUCAAGGUUUUACAUUCCUGUCGUGUUUCAUAACUUACGAGGCUAUGAUAUGCAUUUGUUGAUGGAAUCAGCAGGAAAAUUCAAAUCAAAGACUUUGUCUUGUAUUCCAAACAAUAUGGAGAAGUACAUGUCAUUUUCUCUAGGGAACCUGAGAUUUAUCGAUUCCUUGCAAUUUCUAAAUGCUCCUCUAGACACACUGGUGUCCAAUUUGGUAGCAGAGGGAGUUGAUAAAUUCCCGAAUUUAUCGAGACACUUCCACAACGAGGAGCAUCUCCAACUUCUUCUUCGAAAAGGGGUAUACCCAUACGAUUACGCAACGUCACCCGAAAUUACCUGGACAAGAUCAGUUUUAUAAUAAACUUACAGAAACGGAUCUGUCCGACACAGAUUAUAGACACGCGCAAUCGGUCUGGCACACCUUCGAUAUGACUUGUUUUGGUUAGUAUCAUGACCUUUACUUAAAGACGGAUGUCUUGCUGUUGGCCGAUGUGUUCGAGAACUUUCGAUCAAUCAGUUUAGAAUAUUACCAUUUAGACCCCGCCCAUUAUUACUCGGCUCCCGGGUUUUCAUGGGACGCUAUGCUAAAAAUGACUGGGGUAGAACUUCAACUUCUUAUCGAUAUCGACAUGGUACUGAUGGUUGAAAGAGGUAUCCGCGGAGGCGUGUCCAUGAUUUCAAAAAAGUUUGCUCAGGCUAAUAAUCCCAAAGCACCUGAAUAUGACCCAUCGAAACCAAAUACCUGGCUCACGUACCUAGAUAUGAAUAAUUUGUACGGUACGAGUAUGUCUGAAUCCUUACCGGAAAAAGACUUUGCAUGGCUGACACCUGAACAAAUUUCAAAUUUAGUUGUUUCUGACAUUGACGACAACGCGGACACAGGUUACAUUUUAGAAGUUGACCUUGAGUAUCCGGAACAUUUACAUGACAAACAUAAUGACUACCCCUUGGCCCCCGAGAACAUCGGCAUUACGAAAGAUAUGCUUUCUCCCCAUUCUCAAGAUCUUCGAGAGAAAUUAAAUAUCAAAGGCAAACCAUUCAGAAAACUAGUUCCAAAUCUAUACCCCAAGCAACAAUACGUCCUCCAUUAUCGAAACUUGAAAUACUAUCUCUCCAGAGGCAUGCUACUUACAAAAAUCCAUCGAGUUAUUGAAUUUAAACAAUUCGCUUGGUUGAAACCUUA